AUGUCAGAUGCUACAGAAAUUCUUGAUACGGAUUACGAUACGGAUUCUAUGGAUCGUACAUCGGACAGCUCUCCAUACAGAAGCGUGGACUCGUUGGUAGCAGAGAGUAUUACCACUCUAUCUACUUUAGACGACAUCAAGACCCCCGAUUCAACCGGCCUAACUCCAUUCCACUUCCAUUUCGAUGAGAACCCUGUUGAAGGGCCCGUGGGUCCACAUCUCUUCCGAAAUUCGGAGGACUCUCUUGAGUACAGACCGCAAGUGACACCCGACUUUAUAGUGGAGACGGAUCUCUCCAGAGCCUCCCUAUACUAUAGAGUGCCCAAACCAGAGCCAGAGAGAAAGCCCACCCCUGUACCCGAUAAUGUCGCACUGGAACCUAGGAAAGAAGCUCAACCAUUCGUAUUCCGAAACGACUCGAGGGACGACGUUGCCAAAUGGUCUCCUAACCAGGUUGUCCAAUGGAUGCAGACAAUGGGAUUUGAGGACUCGGUCAUAGAAAAGUUUUUCAUCAAUGACAUUUCCGGAUCAAUCCUUCUUGAACUUCAAGCAGAUGACCUUAAAGAACUGGAGAUCUCGUCGUUUGGGAAGAGGCAUCAACUGAUGGCCUGUAUUCGACAAUUACGGAGAAGCUAUUCUAGCUCUUCCCCCUUAUCCUGUGAUUCAGGGUCAUCUACCCCAGAUCCCUUAUUACAACAGGAUACGCCGACACCUAAAACAACAGCCGCCGAUGUUGGGGUAGUCGAAUGUACCAGCCCGAGCAUGGAUGACGAGCCUUGCAGUUCCCGAUCUGGGUCUGCAUCAUCGGAGCGGAAGCGGCGCCACAAUCGCCAUAAACGUGGCCGACGCGGUGCUGAUGUUGUUCCUGAAGACUCAGUGUCGAUUGUUGCGAUCGAGCAACUACUCCCGAAGCUACACGUAUGCUCCAAGGGAGAAAACUGCCGCAAGUGGCAGAAGCAGCAGACUAGGUUGGCUCGAUUGCUCAAGGACCUGCAGCUUGAGGGGUUUGCUGGCUCAGUGCUUGUCGCUGGGGACACCGCUAAUACUGCUACUGCAAAAACUCUGGCAAAGGCGCCUAAGUCAGAAGUGAUACCAUCGAUUGUCGCUGGGAACCCCGGUAAUGCUGCUACUGCACAAACUCUGGCAAAGACACCUAAGUCAGAAGUGUUACCAUCGAUUGUUGCAUCUUCCGAUAUCAUGGGUCCAAACAACUCUCCUGAUGUCCAGUUAUCUCGGGAAAGACUGAAUGUUGUGCAGCCACGAGACCCACAGGAAAAUGUGCGUAACUUUCUCAACUUCCAACGUCUUAGCGCCCUUCAAUCAGCCACGGACCCUGCUACUCCGCCUGCAGAUCAUGUCUCCCUUGCUGACUCUCCAAAGUUGUCCAAGGGGAACCCUACUCUUGCAGAAAACCUUCGCCAUUUACCAAAGUUGCAAAUCCCAAGUCGGUCUCCAAGUGAACUGACUUUGUCUCCCAACUUCUCUGCGCAGCGUACCAUUACUCCUUCCAUUUUAGGAAAGCAGCGACGAUUUCCUGAUUCCAGGAAAGAGAGGUCGCCCGACCCGUCUAGUGCUAUCUUGUCGCCUUCUGAUUUUUACCGAAACGAUCCUCGAUACGGACAGCGCACCCCGUUAUCUAGUGGUGAUGCCCCUCUGACUGCUAUUCCUAUUGGAAGUGCGGUCUCUAGAUAUUUCUCCCAGUCUGUUCCCCCAGAUAUGCGAUUCGGAGGCCAUCACUCCCAAAGCAAAGAUAUAAAUUCUCGACCAGUGCUCGAGAAAGCGGAUAACGAUCGGCGGCUGCACUCUGCUAUUAAUGGGCAAAAUCUACGGACAUUGUUGCCAGUUGCUGAACGGUCCCCACUACCCCCGAUUGAAACCCCUGAGGAUCUCCAAAAUACUCCACGGGCUGCUCACUGCCGGAACAAUCCCUUCAGUCCUGGAGGCGAGCAUGCAAAUGACAUCAUACAUAGUGGCUGGAUGAAGAAGCGAAAGACUUCCAAGUUGAUCCGCCAUGAAUGGGAGGACCAUCACUUCACGCUCCGUGGUACUCAUCUGUGUAUGUACCCCGAUCAAGCUGCUGCUCAACGGGACUCCAAAGUACUGGAGCGGAUGGAUGUUGAUGAUUAUGCUGUCGCAUGUUCUUCCCUUCUAUCCCACUCAAAAUUGACUGCUGCUUUCAAGAAGACUGUUUUGAAGCGCGUGAAUAAUGGCCGCGGUGACGCUACAUUCACCUUUUCCCUAAUUCCCUCAUCCAACAAUAGCAGUAGCUUCGAACGAAAGUCAUUUUUGUCAACCGCGUCAAAAUCACACCACUUUGCUGUCAGAACUAGGGAGGAACGCAUCGACUGGAUGAGGGAGUUGAUGCUUGCAAAGGCACUCCGAAGGGGCCAAGAAAACGGUGAUUCCGUCAACCUCAAUGGAGAGCCCUUUUAA